AUGAAGUUUCUGUUUCUUUUUCUUUCAGCCUCAUAUGAGGGAAAGAUAUCCAAGGAAAAUGCUAAUGUAUUUUUGAGAACAAAACGAGCGAAUACGGAGGGAGAGUAUGAAAUCUUCACGAGUGGAAAUUUUGAGCGAGAAUGCAUCGAAGAAGCGUGUGACUCGUACGAGUUUCAUGAAGUUUAUGAUGAUCAUGUUGCUUCUGAGAUACUACUGAAAAAGUAUGUUCUUUGCAAAGAAUCGAUUUUGCGAAAAAAUGAUACCGAUGAUUUGGUUGACGCUCGUCGGAGCUGUAUGAACAGAACUGAACCAAUUGAAGUCUGCAGUAUUGAUUUACAGAAAAAACUCGAUGAUAAAGAUUCCCAAGUGGAAUCAUUAAAAGCAAAGCUCAAGACAACAGAAGCAGAAGUUGCGUCUUUUAAAGCGAAGCUUAAAACAGCGGAAUCACAAGUUGAAUCUUACAAAACAUACUAUGUACCAUUAUACCGUGACAAACUGAUAUAA